AUGAAUCCAGCGAGGAGGGCAUAUGUAGAGGAUGCGGCAGAGGAUACGGAUAUGGGAGGAGUAGAUUUGGCCAAUAUACCUGUCGACCACGAUUAUGAACUCCCUGCUUCUUCCGCUGGAAUCGCCCCCGAGAGAGCUUCCGCGAUCCUGUCGCAAUUCUCACGUAAACGGCGAGCCGCUGCGAUCCCUGUUCCCACUGACGAUGGCCGAGUACGCGCGCGAUUGCGGGAGCUAGGCCACCCAAUUACGCUCUUCGGCGAAGAUUCUACAGAUAGACGUGACCGCUUAAGAGAACUGUUGCUUGAGCUAGAGGAGCAGCAAGAAGCGACCGGUGCAGGGGGGGAGCAUGCGGAUAUACAUAUGCAAGAGGCCGAGGCACAGGAAGAAGAACAGGAGCACGAACAGGAAUUUUAUACUGAAGGCAGUCAUGACCUCCUAGAGGCUCGACGGAAUAUUGCAAGGUUUUCUCUUCCACGAGCAAAAGCUCGAAUUGAAGGCCAAAAGGAAGAGUCGACGAUACCACUACGAACACAUAUCAAACACAGGAAAGCCGUUAAGGAGAAGCUGCAAAACUUUGAUCUGUUCGGAUCGCAGUUAGCUGGAGAUCGGCCGGUGAGCGUUGCUCGGUUCGCACCCAAUGGCGAAGUACUGGCCGCUGGCAAUUGGGCCGGAGGUAUAAAGCUACUGACGGUGCCCAAUUUGGAAGAAAAGGUCACCCUUCGUGGGCACACAGAUCGUGUUGGGGGUAUUUCGUGGUUUCCAGGAGCUACUCUCCCUUCCUCGAGCGUAUCAGAGGAUUCUGUGAAUCUCGCCUCCGGGGGCGGUGAGGGAAACGUGCAUCUAUGGUCUUUACACAAAGAUACUCCUCUUUCAACACUUUCAGGCCAUUCUGGUCGUGUUUGUCGCGUGGAGUUUCAUCCUUCUGGAGACUAUAUUGCAUCCGCUUCGUACGACACCACCUGGCGUCUCUGGGACACCAGGACCAGCGCCGAGCUAUUGCUGCAGGAAGGCCAUUCUCGUGAAGUAUUUUCACUAGCAUUCAAUCCAGACGGAUCUCUGCUUGCCAGCGGUGGUUUAGACAGCAUUGGCCGUAUCUGGGACCUUCGGACCGGCCGAACUGUGAUGAUCCUUGAAGGCCACAUUCGAGAAAUUUACGCUCUAGAUUGGGGAAUUGACUCGUAUCGAGUACUUUCCGGUGCGGGCGAUGGCUGGGUUCGGUGUUGGGAUAUCCGACAAGUUCGAGGGACCAGCGGCGUUGGCGCCCACAAAGGCGUGAUUUCUGAUUUACGGUGGUAUAAAGGCACCCAAACGUCGUCUUCCCACCUAUGCUCACUUCCGCCGGGGGAGUUGAACGGGGACCUGAACGGCAACACUGGCCUGGUAAAUCAUGAUCAGAUGACGUCGCAGACAAUGCAGCCAAAAAAAUCGGGGACGUUUUUUGUCACGGGGGGAUUUGACAAAAACGUUAACAUUUUCAGCGCAGAUGACUGGUCAUUGGUAAAAUCACUAAGCGGGCAUUCGGGGAACGUUCUGGGUGUCGAUAUCAGUAAUGACUCGAAAUGGAUUGCAAGUUGUGGGCAUGAUCGGACAGUUAAAUUAUGGGGCAUUGAAGGCUAG